ACCCAAAAACUUCAAUGGGCACCAGUUCAGCAUCGUCACAUUAGACUGGUACCCUUUUAUGGACUUCAGGCGGAAUAGUGACGCCGUGGCCACCACAGUAACGCCGCAAGACUCGCUCGACGUACGCAUCCUUUCCACCCUUACAAGAACCCUCAACUUCACGUAUGAGAUGCGGGUGCCUUGGGACAACCAAUGGGGGACCUCUACGCCGAGCGGCAAUUGGACUGGAGUAGUGGGUACAUUGCAGCAUCACAAGGCUGACUUCUCUCUCCUGUUGUCAUGGAUGCGAGGUCGAUACCAGGUUGUGGAGUACUCGCGGAUCUACGUCAACGAGCCUAUCGUCUUCAUUAUGCUGAAGCCCGGCCCGCUGCCUCAAUACCUCGCUUUGGUCACACCCCUUGAAGGGGACCUAUGGGCGGCCCUGUUCCUGUCCACGGUGUCUGCUGGUCUGAUUCUGUGGGCGCUACAGUGGGCGUGGGGGCGGGCUAGCGGAAAGCGUGGGCUUACCCUCGACACAUCUAUACUGUAUACGUGGAGCAUUUUGUUUGAGGAGCCGCCGCCACAUAUUCCUACUAAUAUGUCUGGCAGGAUGUUCGUUGGGUGGUGGUGGCUUUACUGCACCCUCGUCACCGUGGUGUACCGUUCUUCCCUCAUCGCCCACCUGUCCGUGCCCGGCACCUCCGCCACAAUCGAUACCUUCAAGCAACUGCUGGAAGCCGACGGCUGGACAUGGGGCUAUGAGCCGAGCUACGGCGCCGGAUGGGAGUGGUUCAAGAUGAAUACAAACCCGAUUAUUAAAAGGAUAUUUCAGGAUAUGGAGGUUAUGGAGUUCCCUCAGCAGAUGGAACGUGUGUUCAAGGGUCGCCAUGCCCUUAUCACCUGGAAGUACAAGAUAAAAUCACUGGUUGCGUCUCUUUACACGGACGAAUAUGGUAACACGCCAAUCUACACCGCCAAACAAGUGUACUUCAACUACGGUGGAUACGGCUGGUGCUUUAGGAAGGGUGCACCGUUCCGCCGAGCCAUUGACCUACAGAAGCAGAGAAUGAUCGAGGCGGGUCUCAUACCGCAGUGGAUAGAUGACUUGGUUGGGACAAAGGCAAUGAAAGCGAGAGAGCAAUUCGCAGCCACUGGAGCUGUCAACGACUUGACCAAAAACCUUCAGCAGGACAGUGAAGGGGAGCGGGUGGUGCUCAGCCUUCUACACCUCCAGAGCGUGUUCCUCCUCCUAGUUAUAGGCUCCACCAUCGGUCUUACGGUUCUUUUCAUUGAGGUGGUUGUAUUCUCCUGCAGAAAAAAAAAAUAACUCUUAGGUUGAUAGUGACUAGGAUGUGAUGUCUAGUGGUUAAAGAAUAAA